ACUCCUUGGCAAUAUCCCGCCUGAGUUGUGGAGCUCGAGCACGACAAAUAGCAAAGGCCGUGACAUUGCAGAGAGGAGGAGAUACGGUUCGCUCUCAAAGCCAACGCCACAUGGGGACAGGAAGUCGACCGAGAUCUCAUUCCAAGUCAAAGGAAAGCGCGGAAUGGUGCGAAAUGUGUGCGGAAACGUACCAACGGGAGGGGCGGCGGCUGGCACUGGGUCGGACACAAUAGGGGGGACUGAACGACAGCUGGACGGAAUAAGGGGAACGUACGGGGUAUUUUUUGAGAACAAACUGGAGUUCG